AUGGCGUCGCAAGCCCAUUCGAGUGACGCCGAAGCACCACCGACAACUCCGAUGGCCAAUGUAUCCAUCGCGCGCUUCAUCCCGCGCUUCACCAAGCCGCUUCUUCUCACCACACACAUCCCGUCGUAUAGACACUCCUUCUCGCCGCCUAUCCAAGAGAGGCAAGCACAGGCAGAGUCGUCCUCAUCUUCGAUCCAAAACGGCACCGGCAACACCGUAGAGCCUCCGCGGAUUCGAACAGAUGACGACGGUAACGAUCCCGCCUCUUCCGAGACGAGCGCUUGCUACGUGGAAUGGAACAAGCUGCUCCCCAUCCCGUCCAAUUUGCUCGGACGCUCUUUCCAGGAUCUCUUUGCCGCGUCCAAAGGCAACACUCGCUGCACAGCACCGCCGCCCAGGCUCGUCUUUUUCGGUGAGCAGCAUCACCAGCCGCACGUGAUGCGUGCACAGCUUCAGACGUUGCAUGCCUUGCAUACACAGUGCCAGCAAGCCUCGUCCGCCGACCCCGCACCAACUUCGGCACCGCCCCUCUAUCGGCUGCAUCUGAUCCUCGAGCACUUUUCGGUGCUGGACCAAGACAUGCUGCACUCCUUUUCGCAAGGGCGCAUGGGCCCGGACGAGCUUGCGCACGCCUACCACGCGCACAGCGAAGAGUCGUUCCACAUCGGCCACUACAUGCCGCUCCUCAUGCUUGCCAAGGAGCUCAACGUGCCCAUCUGGGGCGGCUUUCCGCCGCGCCGCUGGGCCAGGCAGGUGUUUCGCAACGGCGUCGACGCAGUCAAGCCCAACGAACGCAAGCGCUCCUCGCCAGAAUCCUCGACUACCGACACUGCCUCGCAUCCAGCAGUCUCCCAGCAGUUCGACGCAAGCACGCCGCCUCGCUCGCCACUCUUCACAGCGUGGUCGUCAGUGACCAACAUCAGUGCGGCGCACCGCAGCUACCUCUCGGGUCUCAUGCGGCCCGAUCUGCCGCCGCGCUUCCCGCCUAUCUCGGAUGCAGCCGCCACUAGCGCCGCACCCGCGCUCGACAAGCCGGGGCAGCCGACGAUCUAUCCGACCUGGCUGCUCCAGCCGCAAAAUGUGGAGCUCAAGGGAUUCGGUCCGGCUCAGGCGCUCAAAGAUUCCUAUCUCGCCCACGUCACAGCCUGGAUCCUGCGUGGUGCCAGAGAGGCUGAGCCAUGCCCGCCCGUAUCGCAAGGCGAGAGUCGAGUGGAUCGACCGGUGGUCAAUGUUGCACUCGUCGUGUGCGGCUUGGGUCACUGCGAGUACGGGUUUGGCGCACCCGAACGUGUCGUCCAGCUUCUCUCACAGCAUGACGAGGCCGAGGCGGGCGAGUGGACUCGGCCGUACAUCAUAGCUAGCAAGCCGCUCGAUUCAGGCAUCUGGCUCGGCUACGAACAUGCACAGUCGAAAGACAGCGCUGGAGAGCCCGAUGCAGGGAAGCAAGAGACAGCAACAAGGGCCGAGGUGCAGCAAUGGCUCAGCGAUCCAUGGGCGAGAAAGAUGGCCGAUGCCGUGCUGCUGUACGACUGGAUCGACGAGCCAAGCGACGAGGGCGAGACGAAGGCCAAUGACAAUGCGCAUGUCAAUCCCACACCGACCAAUUAG